AGGACCCUCGGGCGCCGCCGCCGAAUAGUGCUUGCUGCCGAGCAAACAUGCCCAUCACUCGGAUGCGCAUGAGACCCUGGCUAGAGAUGCAGAUUAAUUCCAACCAAAUCCCAGGGCUGAUCUGGAUUAAUAAAGAGGAGAUGAUCUUCCAGAUCCCGUGGAAGCAUGCUGCCAAGCAUGGCUGGGACAUCAACAAGGACGCCUGUCUCUUUCGGAGCUGGGCCAUUCACACAGGCCGAUACAAAGCAGGGGAAAAGGAGCCAGAUCCCAAGACAUGGAAGGCCAACUUCCGCUGUGCCAUGAACUCCCUGCCAGAUAUUGAGGAGGUGAAGGACCAGAGCAGGAACAAGGGCAGCUCAGCUGUGCGGGUGUACCGGAUGCUCCCACCCCUCACCAAGAACCAGAGGAAAGAGAGAAAGUCCAAGUCCAGCCGAGAUGCUAAAAGCAAGGCCAAGAAGAAGUCAUGUGGGGAAUCCAGCCCGGAUACUUUCUCUGAUGGACUCAGCAGCUCCACCCUGCCUGAUGACCACAGCAGCUACACAGCUCAGGGCUACAUGGGGCAGGACUUGGACAUUGAACGGGCCCUUACUCCAGCACUGUCACCGUGUGCCGUUAGUAGCACUCUCCCUGACUGGCGCAUCCCAGUGGAAAUUGUGCCCGACAGCACCAGUGACCUGUACAACUUCCAGGUGUCACCCAUGCCCUCCACCUCUGAAGCCGCAACAGAUGAGGACGAGGAAGGGAAAUUAACUGAGGACAUCAUGAAGCUCUUGGAGCAGUCAGGAUGGCAGCAGACAAAUGUGGAUGGGAAGGGGUACCUGCUCAAUGAACCUGGGGCCCAACCCACCUCUGUCUAUGGAGACUUCAACUGCAAGGAGGAGCCAGAAGUUGACAGCCCUGGGGGGUAUAUUGGGCUGAUAUCUUCAGAUCUGAAGAACAUGGACACCAGCUGGCUGGACAGCCUGCUGCCCCCAGUCAGGCUGCCCUCCAUCCAGGCCAUUCCUUGUGCACCAUAGGUGGGCCUCUGGCCCCCUUUAACUCCUCUAGGCAAGCAGGACCUGGCAUCAUGGUGGCUGUGGUUCAGAGAAGCAGGACUUCUGUGGCUCCUUGAUAUGGCAAAGUGUGACUCCAUUGCCAAACAGGGAUGGGGCUUUCCUCUUUGGAACAGUGGCCUCUGGGGGCCUAGCAGGCCAGGGUCUGGGCUCCUCUUGUCGGGUAAAGCUGGCCCUGCCUCCUGGGAAGAUGGCGUUCUGAGACUGGUGUGUCAGGUAGAGGUCUCAAGACAGGAGUCAGCCUCCAGCUCUUCCCUCUGAGCCCAGCUCCUGGAAAGGGUCUUGCUAUCACUGGGUUGGCCCGAGGGAACAGAUCAGUGACCUCAGAAAAGCACAGCACCAACCCCAGGGCUGGCUCUGCACUAAGAGACAAUUGCACUAAGUGAUUCCUGUUCCAAAGAACCACCUCCCUUCCUAGCUGAGCCCUGGGGACUAUUCCGAAGCCAGUGAAAUGUGAAGGAGGAGUGAGGUCCUGCGGGACGGUGCCCCCUCUGCCUCAGAGGAGCUCUGCCCUCUGCUUGGAUCGAGGGGCUUGUGAAAAAACAUGGCACUUUUUCUUGUGGACCUUGCCACAUUUCUGAUCAGAGGUGUACACUAAUGUUUCCCCCAAGCUCUUGGCCUUUGCAUUUAUUUAUAGUGCCUUGCCCUGCACCCACCUGCCCCCUCAGGCAGGCCGCGGCAGCCCCUUAGCAGCCCCAGGGAGGCAAGUGUGAGCACCUUGGUGUAACUUUAAAAAUUGGAAACGUCAUCUGAUCACUAAGUCAUGUGUGACCACACAUGUACAUGUGUGUAAAUAUGUACAUUUAUCUUUUUAUAAAAAGCUAAUUGUUUAUAA